UGUGCGUCUGUUCCUGCCUGGGUCGGGUGGGCACUUGGCUCUUCGUAUCUCCGUAAACCAACGUGUAGAGUUGUUUUUAAUGCGUUUAAUGCAUUUGGAAGGCUUGCAGGGACCAGCAGACUUGCACUGAGCGAUCGUAUGCGAAGGAAAAAUAAACGGGACCUGCAGAAAGGAAUCAGACAAGGGGACUGGGCUUAUUUUUCCAGAGCAACAGCGACAAACACAGUAGCAGAGUGAGUAAGUCACGUCUCCAGCACACCAGCCAGUAAAAGGGACGGGUGAAUGCACCUGUGCUACAGUUACCUUGUCAGACCAGUAGCCGUCUGCGCGGGUUUGCCUACGUCUGACGGAGGAGAGGAGGCGUAGCGUGAAUGUGAGGAGAGGCCGCCGGGUGGUUUGGCCGGCUGAUCAAAGCUCUGCAGUGGGCACUGACCCAAGAGAGCGACGGGUCUGCCAGCAGGGAGCGGAGGGAGGGGGAGGGAACGCCAGCCAGCCAGCCAGACUUCCAUCCACCCGGGGCCCCGUCGGGCUCCCUGGAGACCCCAUGAGCUGGAGGCAGGGCCCCCUGAGGGGGCUGGCAGCCUCGCGUCCCACCCCAGAGAGUCUAAGCUCCCUGCCCCGCCAGUAUACUGGUGACACUGGAUGUCGAGAGGAUUAACCCCGCCCCCACCCCAUCACCACAACAACACGUCCGACACCUCUGCAGUAGCUGACCUCUUGUUACCUGGUUACCCAGGUCGUGACCCAGAGAUGCCCCCCUGGCAAGCUGUGCCCUGUAGCCCCGCGUGGGGACAUGGCACCAGCCGUGAAUGGGUGCCCAUGCACGUGCCCGCACCGACACCUCCACGCCUGCUGGGUGCGCUGGUGCUUGGCGUCCUGCUGUUGAGCACCAGCUGUGGUGCCAUCCACUUAGACGCGGCGCAGAGCCACAGCACCUUCACCUGCGAGCCCAUCGGCCUGCGCAUGUGCCAGGACCUGCCCUACAACACCACCUUCAUGCCCAACCUGCUCAACCACUACGACCAGCAGACUGCCGCUCUGGCCAUGGAGCCGUUCCACCCCAUGGUGAACCUGCAGUGUUCUGCGGACCUGCGUCCGUUCCUGUGUGCGCUGUACGCUCCCGUGUGUAUGGAGUACGGCCGAGUGUCCCUGCCCUGCCGCAGCCUGUGUGUCCACGCCAAGCGCGACUGCCACAAGCUCAUGGACAUGUUCGGGGUGGCCUGGCCCGACGAGAUGGACUGCUCCAGGUUCCCGGACUGUGACGAGUCGUACCCGCGCGCCGUGGACCUGCUGACCACAGAGACCGUGACGGCGGAGCCGCCCGUGUCGGUGCAGCGGGACUACGGCUUCUGGUGCCCGCGCGAGCUCAAGGUGGACCCCGAGCUGGGCUACUCUUUCCUGGGCGCGCGCGACUGCUCGGCCCCCUGCCCCAGCAUGUACUUCCGCCGCCACGAGCUGGCCUUCGCCCGCUACUUCAUCGGCGUGGUGUCCAUCGUGUGCCUGUCGGCCACGCUCUUCACCUUCCUGACCUUCCUCAUCGACAUGACACGCUUCCGCUACCCGGAGCGGCCCAUCAUCUUCUACGCCGUCUGCUACAUGAUGGUGUCGCUGGUCUUCUUCCUGGGCUUCCUCCUGGAGGACCGCGUGGCCUGCAACGCCGCUAGCCCCGCGACCUUCCGCGCCGCCACGGUCACCCAGGGCUCGCACAACAAGGCCUGCACGCUCCUCUUCAUGACUCUCUACUUCUUCACCAUGGCGGGCAGCGUGUGGUGGGUGGUGCUGACCGUCACCUGGUUCCUGGCGGCCGUACCCAAGUGGGGCAGCGAGGCCAUCGAGAAGAAGGCGCUGCUGUUCCACGCCACCGCCUGGGGCGUCCCGGGCCUGCUGACCAUCACGCUGCUGGCGCUCAACAAGAUCGAGGGAGACGGGGUCAGCGUGCAGCCAUCGGGGCUCUCUGACGUGACCCGCAUGCGCUGGUUCGUGCUGGCGCCGCUCGGGGUGGACGUGGUGCUGGGGGUCGGGCUGCUGCUGGCCGGCAUCGUGGCGCUGAACCGCGUGCGCAUGGAGAUUCCGCUGGAGAAGGAGAACCAGGACAAGCUGGUCAAGUUCAUGAUCCGCAUCGGCGUCUUCUCCGUGCUCUACCUGGUGCCGCUGCUGACCGUCAUCGGCUGCCUCUUCUACGAGCAGAGCCACCGCCAGGUGUGGGAGACCACGUGGGUCAAGGAGCGCUGCAGGGACUACCACAUACCCUGCCCAUACCAGGUGGAGGAGACGGGUAGGCCCGCCCUGGUGCUCUUGCUGAUGAAGUACCUGAUGGGGCUGGUGGUGGGCAUCCCCUCCGUCUUCUGGGUCGGCAGCAAGAAGACCUGCUUUGAGUGGGCCAGCUUCCUGCAAGGCCGCCGACGCAAGGACAGCAGCGCCGUGAACGAGAGCCGCCAGGUCCUCCAGGAGCCGGACUUCGCUCAGUCCCUGCUGCUGCGUGACCCCGCGACCCCCGUCGUCAGGAAGUCGAGGGGGACGUCGACGCAGGGCACCUCCACUCACGCCUCCUCCACCCACCUGGCCAUGGCCGACGAGGAGCGCAGCCGAGCGGGGAGCAUCCACAGCCGCAUCAGCAGCUACCACGGCAGCCUGCACCGCUCCAGAGACGGCAGGUACACCCCCUGUACGUACCGUGGCGCUGAAGAGCGAGCACCCUAUGGCAGCAUGCCCCGCCUUAACGAGCAAGUCCCCUCUCGUCACGGAAGCGUUCAAGACCUGGACAGCCGACCGCGGCACGGCAGCCUGAGCCUCAGCCACGCCUCUGCCUCUGUGGCCGGUGCCCCCAUCUCCUCCCCCCUCCAUGCCCCCGCCACCCCCACGAGCGUCACGCACGGCUCCGGCAUCAGCCGCGUCGAAGAGGAGGACGGGGCCAGCGCGUAACCCGCGGAAACGGGAGCGGGAACCUCCUGACGGACAGACUGGUGAUUUUUUUUAUUUGGCUCAGACUGCAUGAGCGUGUGUGUGUGUCAAGAAGUGUCUGUGUGUGGUGCAGAACUGCGGACAGUUGAUCUGACGUCUUGUGAGACACCGUGCGGACUCGUCUCGUCAGAAGUGGGGAAGGCGCUAACUUGACCACUACGCACCUCUCGCCCCUCAGGUCGUCCGCUUUGAACAGAGGCCACGCCACGACAGCUGGGUGUGUAAGUGUGUGUGUCACUCAGACCUAUGGUGGUCCCCCUGGUGACGCACAAAGACGCGCACACACACACACACACAC